UUUACAUGUUCACGCAGGCAGCAGACGGAUAUCUGUUCACACAGGUACAGCCGCGGAGUGUAGCCUUCACCUGUAAAUAUGCGGAAGCAACAUGUUUUUAUGAGAUAAAUGCUUAAUUUGGAAAUGGACAGCUUUUGCAGUGAAAAGCGGUGUAAUGGUGUAGUGGAGGUCUAACGCUCAUGAAACGGACACAGCUGCAUGAAUUAUCCCGUGUCACCGAAGUGUUUUCACCUGGGAAAGAACUGUGCAACAACCUCCGACAUGUUCUUCAAGACUCCCGAGCGGUCAACCCAACAAACCUACCUAGAGGAAGGCUUUGAGCUAUGGGACAGACAAAAGGAUGGAACUGAGCCUUUACUUUCUUCAAUGCCCACCCACAGGACAUUUGAUUACAUACUAGUUGCCCACAAGGAGGAUGAUGACACCCAUCAAAAAGCUCAGAGACAAAGGGCCUUCAUUCAGCAGCUUGAGAAGAAAAGCAUCAGCAUUACUACGAUUGUUCAUGAUGACAAAGUGUUUUUUGGCUUGCGUGCUCCAAGUGAGAUGUUUGAAGAUUACCAGUAUCUCCUAAAGGUCUCUGACUCUUGCAACUGGUGUGGAGAUGUGAGCGGAGUUGUCACCCAGGCUACCAGAAUCAGAAUUGUCCAUUUCAUUCUUCAUCAGACCUUUAUCAACACAGGGGAGAACUUGAAGGAGCUGCUGAUGAAAGAUGUUUUUGAAACUAUAUUCUGCCUUCACGAGAGAAAGAAGCAGAAACAACUGAAGAGAGAGUGGGCUCGAUGGUCGGGUCUGUUUACAGGACAACCAGUUAACGACGUCAAAUGUUACUUUGGGGAGAAGGUGGCUCUGUACUACCUGUGGCUUGGCUGGUACACCAAGCUACUGGUUCCAGCUGCUGCUGUGGGUGUUGUGGUGUUCCUAUAUGGACUUGCCUUUUUCAACACCAACCCUCUCAUUAAGGAAGUGUGUAACUCCAGCACCAUCAUGUGUCCUCGCUGUGAUAACAGGUGUACAGUGUGGCAACUUUCAGACACCUGCGCCUAUGCUAAGGUAAACUGAU